GUGCAUGCAUAUAGUAGUAACUAUAGACUUUGGAAAGAAUGUGCAUGAUUAAUUGUGUGUGUGUUAGCUGAGUCCAUGCUGCACACAGAGCUGCGCUGGAUGUCUAGGAGACAGCAGCCUCUCCAGCGCUCUGCUAUUUCACCAAAGCCUGUGAAUUUUGCUGGGCUAAGUCAACAUUACAGCGCUGCUAAUCACUGAAUCCACUGAAGGAAAACAGCACUCCAGUUAGGAACUGGCAGAGAUUAGAGCUUGCUCUCCUUGGUUCCCCAGCUGCAGCUCCCUGGACCCCUUUUUCCCCCCUUUUCUUUUUUUUUCUUCCCCCCUCUAAUUUGCAAUGGGACUGUUAAUGCAACCUCUAUACCUUUCCUAUGUGGCUGUGACUUGUCUGUCAGUGGUCUCUGGAUUUACAGAUGAAACUGUAGAGAAAGCUGUGAAAUCUGAAGGAUAUUGUAGGAUUCUCAGAGCUCAAGGAAGUACACGGAAAGAAGGGUACAAUGAAUUUAGCCUGAGAGUGGAAGGGGACCCUGAUUACUACAAGCCUGGCAAUACUUACAGGGUAACCCUCUCUGCCACUACUCCAGCAUACUUCAGAGGAUUCACACUUAUUGCACUGAAAGAAGGUAAAGAAGGGGAGAAAGAAGAAGAUCAUGCAGGGUCAUUUCAGAUUAUAGAUGAUGAAGAUACACAGUUUAUGAGCAACUGCCCUGUAGCUGUUACGGAGAGCACGCCAAGGCGAAGGACACGGAUACAGGUCUUCUGGACUGCUCCAUCUAUUGGCACAGGCUGUGUAAUACUUAAAGCAAGCAUUGUGCAAAAGAAAAUCAUCUACUUCCAGGAUGAGGGAUCACUUACCAAAAGAAUGUGUGAGCCAGAUUCCACAUCUGAAGGAGGAAAUGAGAAGGCAUUGCCCGAGUGUUGUGCUUGUGGAACAGCUAAAUACAGGUUAACUUUCUAUGGAAAUUGGUCAGAGAAGUCACACGCCAAGGACUACCCAAGGAGAGCUAAUCAUUGGUCUGCAAUUAUUGGCGGCUCACACUCUAAGAAUUAUGUGCUUUGGGAAUAUGGAGGUAUUUCUAGUGAAGGGGUGAAGCAAGUGGCCGAAUUGGGAUCGCCAGUGAAAAUGGAAGAAGAGAUACGACAAAAGGGAGAUGACGUGUUAACUGUCGUCAAAGCUAAAGCUCAGUGGCCGGCCUGGCAGCCCCUGAAUGUAAGAGCUGCGCCAUCGGCAGAGUUCUCGGUGGACAGGACUCGUCAUCUCAUGUCUUUCCUGACUAUGCUCGGUCCAAGCCCAGACUGGAACGUUGGACUCUCUGCAGAGGAUCUUUGUACAAAGGAGUGUGGCUGGGUCCAGAGAGUGGUCCAGGAUCUCAUCCCCUGGGAUGCCGGCACUGACAGUGGAGUCACGUAUGAGUCACCGAACAAACCUACAAUACCCCAAGACAAAAUCCGACCCUUGACCAGCUUGGACCACCCGCAGAGCCCCUUCUAUGAUCCAGAAGGAGGUCCCAUUAUUCCAGUUGCCAGGGUCAUUAUUGAAAGGAUUGCUAGAAAGGGAGAGCAGUGCAAUGUUGUCCCGGACAACAUAGAUGACAUUGUAGCUGACCUGGUUGCAGAAGAAAAGGAAGAAGAUGAUACGCCUGAGACAUGCAUCUAUUCCAACUGGUCUCCUUGGUCGGCUUGUAGCUCCGCAACCUGUGAGAAAGGAAAACGGAUGAGGCAACGCAUGCUAAAAGCCCAGCUUGAUCUUAGCGUCCCCUGUCCAGAUACACAGGACUUUGAGCCUUGCAUGGGACCAGGAUGCAGCGAUGAUGAAGCAUCAACAUGCAUGAUGUCAGAAUGGAUCAUGUGGUCACCCUGCAGUGCCACUUGCGGAAUGGGAAUGCGAUCCAGGGAAAGAUAUGUAAAGCAGUUCCCAGAAGAUGGUUCUUUAUGCAAAGUGCCAACUGAGGAAACUGAGAAGUGCAUUGUCAAUGAGGAGUGUGAGCCAAGCAGCUGUAUAGUAACAGAAUGGGGUGAGUGGGAGGAAUGCAGCGCCACCUGUGGGAUGGGGAUGAAAAAGCGACACAGGAUGAUUAAGAUGACUCCAGCGGAUGGGUCCAUGUGUAAAGCCGAGACCUCGGAGGUGGAGAAGUGCAUGAUGCCUGAGUGCCAUACAAUUCCAUGUGUCCUCUCGCCAUGGUCGGAUUGGAGCGACUGUAGCGUAACCUGUGGCAAGGGAUCCCGUACACGACAGCGAAUGUUGAAGUCACCAGCUGAACUUGGGGACUGUAAUGAGGAGCUGAAGCAAGUGGAGAAGUGCAUGCUACCAGAAUGCCCCACAAACUGUGAACUGACAGAGUGGUCUCACUGGACGGAAUGUAAUAAGUCAUGUGGGAAGGGGCACAUGAUUAGAACACGGAUAAUCACCCUAGAGCCUCAGUUUGGAGGUGUCCCCUGCCCAGAAACCGUGCAACGCAAGAAGUGCAGGAUUAGAAAAUGCCAGAAAAACUCAGGGGGAGAAAAGAGACGUCUGAAGGAUGCUCGUGAGAAGAGGAGAAGUGAAAGGACCAAUGAGGAGGCAGAUGGUGACCAGUACCCAGUGUGCAAAAUGAAGCCAUGGACAGGGUGGACGGACUGCAGCAAAUAUUGUGGCGGUGGCAUCCAGGAAAGGUUCAUGACCGUCAAGAAGAGGUUCAAAAGUUCUCAGUUCACAAGCUGCAAAGACAAGAAGGAGAUACGGGCCUGCAACGUCCAUCCAUGUUAGCAAACGCCUCACAUGGGAGGAGCUCUGAGUUCCAUGCAAAAGUCGACCUUUAUUAGAUUUUUUUAUCAUAGAAUAUAUACAGUGCUUUUCAUUUUGCAAUGUACUUUGCUUACUAUUCUUGCAGGUGCGAGAACUCUAUUUUCUAAAUAUCCACAUGUAAUAAUGAAAUCAUCCGGUUAGCAAAAUGAAUACGACAUCUAACAUCUUGGUGGUCGCA